AUGGAAGCCAAACUUCGUGCUUGGCUUGAAUCAAGAGGAAAGACAAAGAGUGCACAAAGAAUUCAAGCAUUCAAUUCUCCCUUGUUGCAGAAAACUCCAAGUUCUUUUGCCAAUGUCAAGAAACCCACCAUCAACCUCAGCUCUGUGAAAGCCAAGGUUAUGACUAACAGAAGCGCCUGUAAUGCCAAAGAAAGGACAAUCACUGUGCCUUUCAGGAACAUUUUCUAUAAUAAAAGCACCGUUGAUUCUAAUUUUGAGAGUCUGCAAUUAGCUGGUGAUAAAGAAGAGGGCAAUGCUGGAGCUGGUGAAUCUGUAUUGGAAUCAAAUACAAGUUUACCUGGUGAGGCAUCAAACCAGGAGGAAAGCUCUGCCAGAAAUUUCGACUCAUCACCUGUCAGUGUGAGAGGAAAAGCACACUACGAAGUUCCUUAAGAAAAGCUCUCUCUCCUCUCAACACCAAUAUAAAGCAAAAGCCCCUCAAUGAACCCUUAUUCACAAAUGGAGAUUGCACCCUCCUCUUUGAGCCAGAGACUCCAAAAACUCCUCCUC